AUGGCGAUUAAUGGCGGAACUACCGAUGAUAUUCUCUCCCAGUUGGCUGAAGAGAUCGAGACUGGUGAACAAAUGGAGACCUUAGGGAGAUCACUCGGAUUCAAACCUGCAGCUAUCAAAAGAUACACAGAGUCAAGCAGAUUAGAAGGACGGGUCACGUGUAAGGGAACACGUGACAUGCUGUUUGACUGGAGGCAGGGAGUGGAGCCAUCCAAUCAGCUUCCAACACUGAAACAAGCUCUCAUUGACGCUAAUCUGAUCAUGCUUGCUGAAACUCAUCUCAAGGGGACUUUAAGUACUCCAGAUGUAAUUUCCGGCAAGAAGAUCUCGGAAUCAUUGACUGUGGGACAAUGUCGUCAGAAAUUGAGAAACAAGUACCUAAAUAAAAUGUGCAAAAUUCAACUGAAGCCCUGGGAUAAAUCAGAUUACGCUGAGCUCAAAGAUUUGCAUACGGUUGUAACAAUGAUGAGGAAAGACUCGAGUGGAAGAGAUACCAAAAAGAAAGAAGAACUGGAGGGCUCUGUUGAUAACAUAUUUUCGACGAAAGUAAGCGGGAGACUGCCAUCUCGAAUUCUCAUUUCAGCCCCAGCUGGAGUUGGGAAGACAACAGCUGUUGCAAAAAUAGCUUAUGACUGGGCUCAAGAGGAAAAGGGAUCGGCAUUGCAACACUUACCACUUCUUUUUGUUGUUAAAUUUCGUAACACAAGCCACAGGACAUCGAUUGGCGACGCAAUCAAAUCUCAACUCUUAAGCGACGUCCACGAUCUCACAUCGGACGGUAUUGAGAGUUUCAUUCGUGAAAAUCAAGGGAUCUGUCACAUCAUACUUGACGGACUGGAUGAAUAUGCAGGCAUUUCUUCACGGAACAAUAUUGUCAGCGUCAUUCGAUGUGACGAGUUUCCCCAAUGCCGCGUGCUUGUAACAACACGCCCUCAUCUAGAGAACUACUUCAAUCAAGAUGACAUUGCAAGGGUAUACACAAAAAUGUGGAUCGAAGGAUUUUCACCGAAAAAUUCAGAAGAGUACAUUGAAAGGUUCUUUACACUCAAUCAUGAUGGCGAAAAGGGGCAACUGUUACAAGAAUCGCUGAAGGGAUACCUAAGAGAACAAAUACUUAUCUAUGAACUCAUUAAAACACCUCUCUUUUGUCUAAUGAUCUGUCAUCUGUGGAAUGAGGACCAACUGGGUAGUAACAUCAGUACCCAAACGGAGUUGUUUGACAGUGUAAAUAUAUUUUUGAUGCACCAUGCGAAUGCUCGUUCAGGGUCAACUACGUCAAGGGUCCCAUUUACUCUCGAAAUCCUAAGUACGAUAGUUAACGAGUUAGGCAGAGUUGCGCUCUACGGUUUACUGGAUGAUGCCAAGAAACUAAUCUUUACGCUCCAAGAUUUCCAAACAGCUCCUGCUAUCCUUGAUACCGCAUGCGAUCUCGGAAUAGUAUCUAAGACGACUCUCCCAAUUGCAAACCUUCCUCAGUCCGACGAGACGACCUCAACUCUCAUUGAAUUUUAUCACAAAUUAGCACAAGAACAUUCGGCGGGUAAAUUCCUCGCCAAUGAAACAUGGCGCAUACUGUUGUGGUUAAGAGUAUCUAAGUUGGACCGAAUAUUGUGGCAAAUUAAUUUAAACAUCGGAGACUAUGAACAACUCAUCCGGUUUGCUGCUGGCACAGACAGGAAUCUAGGAAUACGAAUAAUGGAGGCUCUCCUUGCAAACGAGCAUUUAGAAGAGAGUGAGCGAUAUCGCAUUCUACUUGACUGUUCAUCAGAGUCCAAGGAUAGAGGAGGAGACAUGUCUUCGUUGGUUCAAAGAUGCAUCACUGCACAGAGUAUGAUUUUAAAGGCACCAACUAUUUACACUGUCGUUGGACUUCAAAAUCUCCCCAAGCAACUGCAACUUAAGGUAAGAAUAUUGAUGUUCAAGGAUUCGAUACUUACGGCUGACGUGACAAGAAGAUUGGUGUGGUCCUGUCUCAGAUCCUUCACCUCACUGCACCAUCUCACCAUCUCAGACGCAUCAUUGAGUUUCCCUUCAUCUCUUCCUGAACUACCAUCCGUCACAAACCUAUCAGCCAAGAAUGUGACAUCACAAAACUAUAAAGGUCUGAUCUCAUCGCUCCCUGGUUUGGUAGAUAUCGAUAUCAAUAUCGAUGACGCAGAGGGAGACAUUGCCCAUAUCAACGCUGGUCUUCGUCGGACAGGGGGACAGAAACUCAGACGCAUCUUUCUUCAUAGUCCAUCAUCGGUUAAGAGUUGUGUUUCAAGAGAGACAAUGAGAGGACUGGGUAUGCUGAUUAAGGAACAUACAAAGAACCUACAUGAGCUCUGUCUGGCAGGGGUGAAGAGCACAGAUGAGGAUGAUUUGGUUUACCUCAUUGACUGCUGCAGACACGUGGAGACGAUGAAAUACGUUAGGUAG